AUGCCCCGCGAUCUCCUGGUCUCAUACAGGAAGCGCCUGAAGCUAUUGUUGACCAACCUCGUGCACCACGUCAACAACUUCGAGCAGAAGCGCCCUCGUUCAUACUUGGAGCAAGAUCCAAUGGCUCUGCCUGGAGACCAUCCGUCACUGCUGGUGGUUCUUCCAACCCUCCCGUCUCGCCUGCUGGCUCCUCUCGGAGAUCUCAGCAACUUCCUGCUCGUCUACAGUCACCUCAAGCUUCUCUUCAUCCCCAACCUCAUCGCCCUUCCUCUUCCCGUCCCACCUCGGCUGAUCUUCACUUAUCUUCCGUCUCCCCACCUCUGUCUUCGAGCCCUCUACUUCAGACGACAGCUACUUGGCAGCCAUCUGGAGAGCCUUGUUCCCCGUCAACUGGGAACACUGAAUAUUACUCGCUGCCUUCAUCUCUGA